CCGCUCGCCAGUGCGCACGCGCAGGACCGGCCUGGCCGCGCGCUCCCGCCCUCCGCGCGCCCUUCUCGUGCCCUGGCCGCCGCGCGGGAGGGAGGCCGGGAUGGCAGAUGAGAUCGCCAAGGCUCAGGUCGCUCGGCCUGGCGGCGACACGAUCUUCGGGAAGAUCAUCCGCAAGGAAAUCCCGGCCAAAAUCAUUUUUGAGGAUGACCGGUGUCUUGCUUUCCAUGACAUUUCCCCUCAAGCACCAACACAUUUUCUGGUGAUACCCAAGAAAUUCAUAUCCCAGAUUUCUGCAGCAGAAGAUGAUGAUGAAAGUCUUCUUGGACAUUUAAUGAUUGUUGGCAAGAAAUGUGCUGCUGAUCUGGGCCUGAAGAAGGGUUAUCGAAUGGUAGUGAAUGAAGGUUCAGAUGGGGGACAGUCUGUCUAUCACGUUCAUCUGCAUGUUCUUGGAGGUCGGCAGAUGAAUUGGCCUCCUGGUUAAGCAUGUUUUAGGGAUAAUUUUCCGUUUUCCAGGCAGUGAUCAAGUUUGCAAGUUCCUGUAUGUUAAAUGACACAUUUUUGCCUGUGUAUGGAGAGAUUGAGGAAGUAAUUUUAAAAACCCAUGCAUAAUAAAAGAUUUUGUUGCAUGGUUUAGUCUCUCUGAA